GCAGGGGUAAGGGCGGGGCCUGCGGGACAGCGGCGCGGCGCGUUCCUUCACGAGCUGGCGUCUGGGAGCGGUGGGCGCCACGCAGCCAUGUUCGUGGCGCGCAGCAUCGCGGCGGACCAUAAGGACCUCAUCCACGAUGUCUCCUUCGACUUUCAUGGGCUGCGUAUGGCCACCUGCUCCAGCGACCAGAGCGUCAAGGUCUGGGAUAAAAGCGAAAGUGGAGAUUGGCAUUGUACAGCUAGCUGGAAGACGCAUAGUGGAUCUGUGUGGAGAGUGACAUGGGCCCACCCAGAAUUUGGACAGGUUUUGGCUUCCUGUUCUUUUGACCGGACAGCUGCUGUGUGGGAAGAAAUAGUUGGAGAAUCAAAUGAUAAGCUGCGUGGACAAAGUCACUGGGUGAAGAGGACAACGCUAGUGGAUAGCAGAACAUCUGUUACUGAUGUGAAGUUUGCUCCCAAGCACAUGGGGCUCAUGUUGGCCACCUGCUCAGCAGAUGGGAUAGUCAGAGUCUACGAAGCGCCCGAUGUCAUGAACCUCAGCCAGUGGUCAUUGCAGCAUGAGAUCGCUUGCAAACUCAGCUGCAGCUGCAUUUCUUGGAACCCUUCAAGCUCUCGUGCUCAUGCUCCCAUGAUUGCUGUAGGAAGUGAUGACAGCAGUCCAAACGCCAUGGCCAAGGUCCAGAUCUUUGAAUACAAUGAAAACACUAGGAAAUACGCAAAAGCUGAGACUCUUUUGACUGUCACUGACCCUGUGCAUGACAUUGCCUUUGCACCAAACUUAGGACGGUCUUUCCACACACUGGCAGUUGCAACCAAGGAUGUGAGAAUUUUCACAUUAAAGCCUGUGAGGAAAGAACUUACUUCCUCGGGUGGACCAACAAAAUUUGAAAUUCAUAUUGUUGCUCAGUUUGAUAACCACAACUCCCAAGUCUGGCGAGUGAGUUGGAACAUAACAGGAACGGUGCUAGCAUCUUCAGGAGAUGAUGGCUGUGUCAGAUUGUGGAAAGCUAAUUACAUGGACAACUGGAAGUGCACUGGGAUUCUGAAAGGUAAUGGGAGCCCAGUCAAUGGGAGUUCUCAGCAGGGAAACUCAAAUCCCUCCCUAGGUUCAAACGUUCCAAACCUUCAAAGCUCAUUAAAUGGAUCUUCUGCUGGCAGGUAUUUCUUUCCCCCUCUGGACUCCCCACGGGCUGGAUCGCGAUGGUCCAGUUAUGCCCAGCUCCUUCCUCCUCCUCUGCUAGAGCACUCUUGCGAUGCUGACUCUGCCAGCCUCCAGUAUCCUCACCCUCGCAGACGAUACCUCUCUCGGCCUCUUAAUCCCUUACCUGAGAACGAAGGGGUUUGGGACUUUGGACGUGAGCGGCCUUUCAGGCCUCGGGUAGACGGAUCUCGGAAGGGCGCCCCUCGUGUCGCCGCUGGGUGUGGCGAGAGCUCACCCCUGGCAUCCCAAGAACCGCUGGCGCGGGACGGCAGCCGGGAAUGUCAAUACUGCCCCAGGCGAUACCGUACGGGUGCUUAUACCGGCAAGAGCGCUGAGGGCUGCGACAAAACUGGGGAGGUGUCGGGAGAUGCAGCCCUGCCCCUUACCGGUGCCGCGAACGGUCGUAAACCCGUGGGGCGUGCGUUACGGCUGGCCGGAAAGGCCGCCGUGUGGGCGUCCGCAGUUGAGGCGCCAGUCUCAUCGUGCACCUGGGCGGGUGAGGGGCUCCCGGUUCGCCUGGGCCUGAGAGCCUAUCGCCGCUCCGCCUUCGCCGAAUGCCUGCUGGCCCUGAGGGGCGGGCGCUUGGCUCCCGGGUUCCGUGAGAUGGAAAGUUUUCAAGGCAUAACAGAAGAAUCAUUUCCAAGUUUUCUAACCAAUUCGUUACUUGGUAAUAGUGGGAUUUUGGAAGAUGUCACUCUUUCUUCAAAUCUUGGGCUGCCUGUUGCUGUUUCUACACUUGUGAGGAAUAGAGCCACCUCUGAUGAUAGGUGUUCUGAUGUCCAGGCCUCCUACCUGGAGGGAAGGUUUUCAGCUCCAUCUGAGUCGUCUUCCUGUUGCUGCAGUGAUGCUGAAGCCCAGGGAAAGUUGCAGCUCAGCUUCCAGGAUGAGGAAAAAAAGCGCAACACAGAAAGUCCACAUUUGUCCCAUGCUGUCGUGAAGCUGUCGUCUCUUCAGAGUGAAGGACCAGGAGCAGAAGAGCAGCCUGCUGACCCUGUCACUGCCUGCCGGGCUCCUGCCCCUACAGAUAGAGCUUCAGCUCCAAAGCGAGCCCCAGAUCCUUCUGUUGACUUUCAUGUAAGAUCAUGGAUGAAUAAUCAGGAGUAUAAGAUUGUGGUACCAGGUGGUCGGAAACAUCCUGAAGAUGAGACUCCAGACAGUGAUGUCAGCCAUGUUAGCUUAGUAGAAAAUGAGAAACUCAUGUCGCUGACAAGUUUGGAAGAUUCUUCUGAUGAUGAUAUUAAUGAUGAAGAGUUUUACGAUGACCAUUUGGAGGCUUAUUUUGAACAGCUGGCAAUUCCAGCAAUGAUUUAUGAAGGCCUAGAAGAACAAGAAUCUCCAGAAAAAGAUUUUAGGUUGCCUGCAAGUGUUCCUAGUCAGGCAAAUGAAAGCAGCAUCUUAAGCAGUAAGUUUCAAUCCAAAAAUAAGAGCUCUCUGAUUUCCCAUGGCUCAUGCUCUUCAGGAAGUUCUGAAAUGACUGACAAAGAGAAUGGUGAUCAUGUUUAUUUGUCUGGAACCAGUCAUUGUGUUGUAGAUUCUAGCAAUGGUGGAAUGCUGGUAGAUGGUGUGUUUCCAUUUUCCUCAAAUACUUGUAAAGUCUGGAAGGGCAGGGCAGACCUUACCAAAGAAAGUACAAAAAAGGAUGUUCUGGUGCAGAGUCCUCGAGUUAUCAUUGGGAAACUUGACCCUAUUAACUUCCAUGACCCUGGCAGAGAUGGUUCUGACCCAGCUGACUCUUUGGGACUGGGGCCAGGGCCUCCUCAGUUGGCAUCAGAUUCCAAAACUGUUUUGCUCAAGGAUGGAUGCUUAGGUGCCGAAGCUCCUGCGAUGCCUGAUCAGAAAGAUGUUACAGUAUUUCUGAAGCGUGCUUGUGAUAGUAGAUGUAAUUCCACUGAUACUCUUUCGUCACCAGUUCGUGAAAGGAGAACAUAUCAAUGUUCCAAACCCAUGGAUAAGAGUAAAGACCAAACAAACCUCUCACAGAAUGUGGUUUACCAAAAUGAAGAAGGCAGAUGGGUCACUGACCUUGCGUAUUACACAUCUUUUAAUAAUGAACAAGAUUCAAAUAUGUCUCUAAAUGAGAUGAAUGAAGACUUCAGAUCUGGUUCUGAAGUGUUGGAUUUGAUUGCAAAAGAUGAAGAAGAAUUUAAUAAAGAGCAUCAGUUUAUACAGGAAGAAGACAUAGAUACUCAGAAUAUUUCAGCUACCCCAGGGGAUAUGUCGUGGGCAGCUACAGUUAACUACAGUCUGUUGAGGAAAUCACUGAGCACAUCAGAGCUGGACAAAGAUGAGCCCAGUUAUCUACAACUGUCAUUAGGGGAAUUCUUUGCCCAAAGGUCUGCAGCUCUUGGUUGCCUUGGUGGUGAUAACAAUGUGAAAAGACCAUCAUUUGGUUAUUUUAUUAGAUCACCUGAAAAAAGCGAACCUGUUGCUUUAAUAAGAAAGUCUGAUGUGUCAAGAAGUAAUUUGGAAAAGGAAAUGACUCCUCUUAACUCUAAUCUGUCUUCAGGAGAUUUAAAUGAGCAGUCCCAGGCACAGCUGAGUGAAGGAUCCAUCACCCUGCAGUUGGAGACCCUGGAGAGCGCUUCGGAAGUGCGUGAGCAUGAUGUGACCUUGACUACCGACGAGGCGACGACAGAGGACACUUUCUUCAGGAAUAACAAACCCCAAUCCAAAGAAGAGCUCCUCGACCACAGUAACUCUGUGCUCAGGAUCAGCACCAUCGCAUCGGCCAUUGCGGAUGUCUCGCUCAGCACGGAUCCUUCCCAGCUGGCCGCCAUGAUGAAGGCCCUGAGAAACCGAGCCACUGCUCGGGAGUGGGAGCAGGAGCAGGAGUGCGGCAAGCACAGCGACUGCUCUGCAUUGUCGCCUGGCUCCCCUGGUGAUGCGCACAGAAGUGACAGCUCCAGUGCGUUUGAUGUGGAGAAGUACCUCGCCAAAACGGAAGUAAGCAGAUGUGAAGGCGGGUUAGAAAGGGAGUCUCUAUGUGGCCUGUCGGAUGUCUGGAACUUGUCCUCACUGAGAGAGCAACUCGUUCAGGGUGUCCACGUGUUCAGGGGACCGAGAGACAGAGCAGUGGCUGCGUUUCCUGAGGGAAGUGAAGAGAGCGAGAGUCAGGCCUUGGUCAGAACCACAGACACCUCAGACUUGGCCCUGACCCCAAUGAGCCAGAAAGAGACAGCAAGGGUGGCAGCCAACUGGCGGGCACUCCCCUUUGUCCACGCCCUGCCAGGCGUUGGUCACCCCAAGGAAGCUGCCUCUUCGUCCCUGCCAGUGCCAAGCAGUUCCUCCUCGGACAGGAGCCCUAGAAGGACACCCCUGUGCCUCUUGGAAGGACAUGAAGAAAUACACAACUGGAGGCAAACAGAGGCUGUUAGUGAAACAGACAACAGUGACAAGCACUUGGCUUUUGAUGAUCCUUGCGUAGUUUCAUCUGGAAGUGUUGGCCUCAGGGCUGGCGUGGAGCAGAAGCAGGAGCAGGAGCAGGAGCAGGAGCAGGAGCAGGAGCAGGAGCAGGAGGGCUUCCGGCCAUCCACCUCGCCGCUCAGCCACUCCUCACCCAGCGAGGGCUCCCAAGCCAAGCUGUCAGGGGGAGCUUUGGAGUUCUUAGACUCAGCAACUUGUCCCCAGCAGCACCCCGCUGCAAGUGAGCUGUCCCAGCUGGCGUGUUCCUGUGCUGACAUGAGCAGACUGACCUACGUGUCUGAGCGGGAGAGCACCUGUCCUGCCUCGACCACUGAUGAUGCGCACAAGAGUGAUCUCACCAGUGAGCUGAGCACCACGAUCAUCCGAGCCAGCCCAGUGCCCCCGGAGGAGGCAGAGCUCUCCCUUCAGCAGAGCGGGGUCCCGAGCGAGGCUGGAGCAAGAAAGGCAGCUGCAGCUGUGUCUCUAAGUAGCGGGCCUCACAACACUGAGCCUAGCUUCACCUCAAGCCAGGACACUUCCUUGGAGAGCGGAAAGCUGUGGGAAGCGAGGCAGGCGGCUGGGACAUCCCGCUGCAGGACAGGCCAGGUCCUGGGCCAGCCAGCUCUCGGCCACUGGGCCAGGCCAGCCUCACCUCAGCUCCUUGUACCGGGCCUGCAGCCUGUGAUUGAAGGUCAGAGGACAGUUUCUGAGGAAACCAGCAGUGAGUUCAGUGGCCAGGCUUCUCGCCGGGAUGUCCCCAGACACCAGCUCACUGCUGCAGCCCAGGGACAGAGCGUGCCUCCUGCCUGUGCUGCACUCUGGGCUGGGCCCCCUCUUCCCACAGCCACUUUGGCCCAGCAGUAUACGGGGACACAUGUCACCUUGCCGCCUCCAUGCCAUGCAGGCAGUGCCCCCAUCUAUGGGUUCUCAGGGUGCCCCCCUUAUCCAGCCAUGGUGGGGGAGCAGGCUCAGAACCCCGUGGCUGUGGGGCUUUGUCUAGGCCCGAGUCUUGCUUCUGGACUGCUGGGUCCCUCUGCCCUUUGUAAUUCUUGUUCUGAUGCCUUACAUCAGAACCUGCACAGCACAGCGAACCCUCUUCCCAUGCACCUUGCUAGUGCCACCUGUGGGAUCGAACCCUGGAAUUCAGGAAUGACGACAGGAUUUGCAAGUGUCAGGGUGCCAGAGGAGUUGAAGUUUCCUCAUGUGUGCUGUGUGGGCAUCGCCUCGCAGACCUGCCUCAGCGUGCUCAACCCCACUGACCGUUGGCUCCAGGUCAGCGUCAUGGCAGUGAACGUCAGUGUCAACGGUGAGAAGGUGGAUCUUUCAACAUAUCCUUGUUUAGUUUUCAAGAAUAAAGUUAUCGUGAGACCACACGCAGCAGAAGAGGUAACGGUGCUUUUCAUACCAUUGGAUCCUGGGAUCUUCCAGUGUGUGUUCAGAGUUGCUUCGUGGCCGUUUUCAGCAGACACUGAGACAGUGGUGCAAGCAGAAGCCUUGGCAAGCAGGGUUGUUCUCACUGCCAUCGCCGAGAGCCCUGUUAUUGAGGUAGAAACGGAAAAGAAAGGUGUUCUUGAUUUUGGCGACUUGACUUACGGAGGCUGGAAGGCUCUUCCGCUAAAAGUGAUAAACCGGUCACAUGCCUCCAUACCGCUCAGGAUGGUUAUUAAUGCCAAUGCCUUAGCCUGGCCCUGUUUCACGUUUGCCAAGGAACCAGUUCCUGUGUCCCUGAAAACUGCUCCCUAUGCCGACGUGAUGGCUCAGCUGGCGGCUCCGUCUGUGGUCAGCCAUGUAAUGCCCGCCAGUUACCAAGGACAGGAUCCAACGUUUCUAAUAAUUUGGGUUCUUUUCCAUAGUCCAAAGAAACUAAUCACUUCUUCAGAGAUUCUAGAUUCAGCAGAAGAGUUCGUGGCGAGAGUUGAUAUCGAAGUGGAUAGCCCAAAUCCAACCCCAGCUCUUAGCAGCGUGAGUCUCCAAGCAAGAGCAGGCGUUGCCAGGAUUCAUGCCCCCAGGGACCUGCAGACUGUGCAUUUGUUGGCCAAUGUGAAUUCUUCAGUAAAGCAGCCCUUACCUCUGAAAAAUGCUGGAAAUAUCGAAGUUUAUUUAGAUAUCAAGGUCCCAGAACAAGGAAGUCACUUUUCAGUGUAUCCAGAGAAUCUAUUCCUUAAGCCUGGAGAAGAACAAGAAGUGAUAGUUUCCUUUACGCCAAAGGAUCCCAAAGCCUGUGAGGAAAGGAUCUUGAAGAUAUUUGUACAUCCAUGUGGCCCUCAGUAUGAAGUAGUGUUAAAGGGUGAAGCUGUUUCUUCUGGAAGUCAACCUAUGUCCCCAGGACCUUGCUACUCAGAUUUUCCGUCCAUUCUGUCCAACAAGCAGUUCCUGGCAUGGGGCGGGGUCCCUCUGGGCAGGACACAGCUUCAGAAGCUGGUUUUGAGAAGUAGUUGUGCCUCUACAGCCCAGCAUUUACGACUGCUCAUCAGGGGGCAGGACCAAGACUGCUUUCAGCUUCAGAACACUUUUGGCUCAGAGGAGCGAUUGACCAGUAACUUUGAGGUUAUAAUUCGCCCUAAAGAAGACAUUGUCAUCUCUGUGUUAUUUGCACCUACUCGAUUAUCUUGUAUGUUGGCUAAACUAGAAAUCAAACAACUUAGAAAUCGAUUACAGCCUGGCAUUAAAUUCAUGAUACCUUUGUCUGGAUAUGGAGGAACAAGUAAUCUUAUUUUGGAAGGUGUUAAGAAAUUAUCUGACAGCUACAUGGUAACAGUGAACAGCUUAGUACCUGGCAAGGAAAGCCGAGCUGUCUUUUCUGUCCGCAACACCGGCUCACGAGCAGCCUUUGUUAAAGCUGUAGGCUUUAAAGAUUGUCAGAAAAAAGUUUUGUUGGAUCCUAAAAUAUUAAGGAUUUUUCCAGAUAAAUUUGUACUGAAGGAACGAACACAAGAAGAUGUUACUGUGAUAUACAGCCCACCAGAGAGGAGGAAGGACCAAAGAAUUACAACACAGCUAUGCACUGUGUACUUCUUUAGUGGAGAUGAAAUUUGCCGACAGCAGUAUCGAAGAGCCCUGUUGCACAAUCCAGGACUUAUCAAGCGGAUACUUCCAGAACAUAGUAUGCUGCAAAACAUUGACUUUGCUGAAGUGUUCCGGGAUGAGCUGCUUGUAGAUGAAGUCUACGAUCUUCCUGAACGGCCUAAUGAUAUUCAGCUCUUUUACGGAAACAUGCGUAAAAUUAUCCUUUCAAUAAUUGGAGAAUUCCGAGACACUAUUUCUGGUAGAGAAUUUCUUCAGCCUUCUUCCCAAGCUAGCUUGGAAUCUAAAAGUGACUCAGAGCUGUCUGGAAGGCACAGUGGCAACAUCUCUCUGGAUGUCCUUCCUGUCAGAGGUCCUCAAGGCUCUCCAUUUCCCCCUCGAGCUGCCCCUCUGCAGGAGCCUGCCUCAGCUACUGCAAAGACAUGGGCCGUGUGGCCCGAGCACUUGAUCCUGCUGGCCCCUUCGGCAUUAGGUAACAUGGCCAAAACCGCACAUUUCCAGAUUGUGAAUAACUCUGUCAGGACACUGAAAUUUGAGCUGUACUGGCCAGCGCACUGCCUGACGGUCACCCCGGAGCAUGGGCUUGUCACACCAGAGAGUAAACAGCAAAUUCUUCUGAGUCCUAAUCCCUCCUUAUCCACAAAGCAGUCGAUGUUGCCUUGGAGUGGUUCGGUGUAUGUGCACUGUGACAAUGGAGAGGAGAGAAUUGUGAAAGUUCAAAUUCGAGAAGAUUUGACUCAGGAAGAACGUUUAUCUUGUUUGGCCUCCAGAACGUUUGGAAGUCUCCUCCAGGCAUCUGAGCCUUCUGUGAGUCAUUUGACAAAACUGGUGGCAAAGCCUCCUUCCAUGAAAGUGCAGAUAAAAAGCAAGACCAUCACCUUUCCUGAAACAGCACCUGGAAAAACCUCAGAGAGCUGUCUGGAGCUGGAGAAUCACGGCCCCACGGACGUGAGGUGGCACCUGUCAUCCUUUGCCCCACCAUACGUCAAGGGAGUUGAUGAGAGUGGAGAUGUCUUUCGAGCUACCUACACGGCAUUCAGGUGUGCUCCCAUUUCUGGUACGCUGGGAAGCCAUGGAACUCAAAAGGUCUCCAUCACGUUCCUGCCGAGAGAUCAGGGGGAUUAUGCCCAGUUUUGGGAUGUUGAGUGCCAUCCUGUUAAGGAACCUCACUUGAGAUACACAUUGAGAUUCCAGCUUUCUGGACAAAGCACCAGGACGGGGCAUGAAGUCACCCAGGCCCAUACCGACAGCCUGGUGAAGGCAGAUGUGGCCACCAUACCUCCCAGACGCGCCACCCCGGAUGCCCCCCUGCCUGGACUGCCUGAUGAGAGCCAUCGAGGCGUGUAUGCCCCGAAGGACGCCUACACAUUCCUGCCCACCCAGGUGGGAGAAUCUCGGGCCCUGAAGGUCAGCUUGCGGAACAACUCCUUCGUCACACACUCGCUGAGGUUUUUGCCCCCCAGAGCGCCGUUCUACAUCAAGCACUUCAGAUACUCUCUGAGGGCCCGGCAUUACAUCCACAUCCCUGUGCACUUCCGCCCCACAGCCACAGGCAGCUUCCACGCGCUGCUGGUCAUCCAGACGGACGAAGGCCGGAGCACUGCUGUUAGGCUGAGUGGGGAGGCCCUGGAGAGAAACUGACAGAAUACAUUUUGUGUAAAUGACAAAAGUUGUAUUUUGGAAACAUCACUUUUCUACACUGCAAUUAUGCCAUUGUAUAUAUCUUGUAUCAUAAACUAGCUGUGUAUAACUUGUAAAUUUUUUGAUUUUAGAAGCUAAUCCCAAAGACCUGAGGUAUCAUAUCAUGUGUCCCCCCAUAGUGCUGUAUUAGCUCUCACAGAGGAGGAGAGAGUUCUAUUUUUGCAUUGUGAUAUUCUGAAUAAAUAUGGCAUUUAUUUUAACAUGGUA